AUGAAUUCCCUACCCGAUGAGAUUGUCAGCAUUAUUAUCACGAAGGUCACAGCUCACGAACUUGCCCAACUAUCACGAGCUUGUAAAAGACUCAAUAGGCUUGCUGAGCCCCUUUUAUGGACCAAUAUCGAGUUCCAUCACCAUACAUUCCACCAAGCUAGCGACUUGAAAAAGCCCUCGCCUAUUGCAUCUGCAUCACACCGAUUCUAUCACUGGGACACUGAAUACCCGGGACAAUGCAAAGCAGAAAAAUUCUUCGAGAUGUUGCAGGAUCUGUUGCUUGAGGAUAUAGGCCGACUGAAAAAAUUGUGUUCACGAGUUGAGUCAAUCUGCACGGUUGUUCGGUCUAAGACAGACUUUUGGCGAAUCUUACCAUAUUUCACCAACGUCAAGGCUCUUGAACUAUAUGGCGACUCCUCUUAUUUCGACCAGGAUGCGCAUAGAUCUUUCUGCCAAUCUGCCACUGUACUUACGAAGCUCCGUCACGUAAAGCUCGAUGGCUCUAUACCUCUGGCCGUCGCCAAAUGGAUAUUGAAGUCCUGCUCAACCGUCGAGCGACUGGAGCUCGGACUACUUGACAAACCUAUAGAAUCAAGAGCAACUAUGGAGGACGAUUUUCAAUGCUUGCCUGAAGAUAUCUACAGUCCACCCGAGGGCCCCACGUAUGGUAGACUCCGGGGAUGGGCUGUCAUACCUAGACCCUUAUCCGGCUUCUUACCUUUUCACAAGGAUGCGACGUCAUUGAGAUUGCCACGACUUCGACAUGUACAUCUCUGUCAGUCAUCGCAGAGCAACCUGUCAGCAAGAAUGGUGAGCUAUUUCUGGUCAACAAGUGCCGAAGUCUCCGCCCAUAAAGACUGGGAUAGUAUUUUGCAAGCCUCAUGUGAAACGCUCGAGACACUUUCCGUAGAGCAACAAAUUGGCAUAGAGCAUGGAGACGGUGCCGUAGAUGAUGCAGAGGGAUUCUUCCGAAGUGACCAAGACGGUCUCGGUAGCGAGAGGUUGAUGCUUAUGCUUGAGAGAGCUUUGACGACAAGAAAGUUUCCCGCAUUGAAGCGCGUUUAUCUGAAGGGAAUUGUUGUUGGGUCGAAAGAACGUGGUGAGCCGAUUGGAGAUGUACCUGGAGGUCGGUUUAUGAGGUUUCUUCUGACAAAGGGGAUUGCAUGCGAGGCGAGACUUGGGGAGGGGUACUGGUUUGAUGGUGAUGAUGGUACAGGACCUCCUGCUGAAUGGGAUGCGUGUGAUGAUGACUGGGAGGAGGAACUCUUAGCAAGCGUUGGUAGUCAGCAAUAA